UUGCACAGAAGACAGUGCCUGCAGUGCUCCCGAGUCGCCACUCCGGACAUGUCCGACACAAAAGAGGAUAGCCGCUCGUCUUUCAAAGUUCACCCCAGUGAAAUGCCACCGAGCUCAAGCUUUGCCAACGCUGAGAAUGAUACGUCCGUUUCAUUGGACGUCUCCAUCAAUGCUGCUGAUGGCCAGACGGAUGAUGAAUCGUCGAAUUCACCCCGCCUCGUCAUAGAUUUCUCGCCCGAAAAUGACGAGCGUAGUAGCCCCGACAUCCAGCCUCCAAUGUCCUGGAACGAGGAGGAAGCACUGCCGAGUACAAGCGGCGGCCACGUUGAAGUCUCCUCGGCAGCCGACAUGAACCGGCCUGGAGAAGGUGCCGAAGUAUCCAACCAGCGGCAGGAAGUUACGGCCAUUGAAAAACCCUGGGUGUGUUCUUUCUGCAUGGCGCAAUUCGCUAGUGAAGCUGGCCUCAAGAAACACAAGGAGGUCGCCAUGAUCGAUGGAAAACAUAAGUGCCCUGAAUGUGAGAAGUGCUUCAAGUACGCUUCCUUAUUGAGAAGUCAUUACGUACGUCACUCCGGCGAAAAGCCUUUUGAGUGUCGUGUGUGCAGACAAAAAUUUGCCCGCAAGCCCGACUUAAACACUCACGAGGCAGGAAAGCAUUCGGACAGAAGACCGUUUCGUUGCCGGCAAUGCGGGGCAGAUUACAAGUAUGCGAAAGCCCUAUCAACCCACGUUCGCAAAAAACACCCUGUACAUGGAACCACUGCAACCAAAUAGUGUCCCGAACUACGUAAUGCGUAAUAUUUGCCGCUCUACCUCUGAGCUUGGCUAAAUGCUUGGGAAUAACUUCGACCGUCGUGACAAACACUUGUAUGGUUAACUGCCUCCUUCAAAGAACAGCUGAACGGCGCGUGGAAAGAAAACAUUUACCUGGAUUUUCUCAAGAAAGAAUCUGCCGCUCUGUGUUCGAUCUAGUGCAAUGCAAACCUCAUCUUUCAUUUUAAGUAGUUCUUUUUUUAGUAUUAUAUGCAUCUCCGAGGAACCUUGGAGUACUGGCACCACUUUUUACCCUUGACGUAACAUAAGGCGAAUCGCAGCUAAGCUUUUUACAUUUUAUUGAUUGCGGCCGACACGUGUGAGUAGGAGUUGUAGUUUAGCGGUUAUGACAUAGCACCAUUGGGGUCGAUGUCGCCGGUUCGAUCCCAGUCACACUGUUGUUACUUCAAUUUGCACAAAAGUUCCAUACGCAAGAUUACAGGUGUUUUUCUCCAAAAUAAAUCGAUAUCUUUUGUGAUAAUCGCACUUGUACGUCAUCUCUAAUAAAGUAUAUUACUCCUGCGCA